CACUGGUUGUUGUUAGCUUGUCUUCUACGGCGCUGCUUCAAAGCUUGUGUUGGGGUGCGAGACGAAAUUUGAGGCGUCAUGUUUCUACCUGAAUAAAUUCAUGAGAGAGUGAGAACUUCGACGAUUUCGGUUGUUCGCCUGCUAGACGAUCUGUCAGCGACGAUGCUCAGCACCACGACCAGCAAGCUGAAUGUGUUGGUCAACAAACUGCACGAAUACUUGGCCCAAUCCCCUGUUGAGGGCACCAAUGGCACUCCAAACUCACAGGAUGUUGACGGUUUGCCAAACAAGAGCUGUUUUAUGGGAAACCCAAUAAGUCAAACGGAGACAGAGGCAGGAAUGGACACCAGAAUAUCGAGGAGAAAACCAUCUGUUGUCAUAAAGCACUCUGGACUGGAUGAAUCUGGGGACUCAGAGGCCAGUGAGGAUGUGGAGUUACCGGUCAACACAAAUGGUCACCUUGAUAUCACUAGAUUGCCCAAAGGCACUGUGCUGGUGAGGCCUGAAGCUGUUGAGAAUGGAAAAGACGACUUCAGGGGUCCAGAGUUCCGCAGCCGCAAACCAGGUGUUCUGAGGAAAGAGUUUUCAAGAAGACGUGGAGGAAGUGAACACAUGGAAAUUGUCAGUUGCACUGCAUGUGGCAGACAAGUGAACCACUUCCAGAAGGACUGCAUCUAUCGCCACCCAGUUCUUAAAGUACUCAUUUGUAAGUCUUGCUAUAAGUAUUACUUAAGUGAUGACAUCAGUAAGGACGGGGAUGGAAUGGAUGAGCAAUGCAGAUGGUGUGCUGAAGGAGGAAACCUGAUAUGCUGCGACUACUGCAGCAAUGCUUUUUGCAAGAAGUGCAUUCUAAGGAAUUUGGGAAGAAAGGAACUCUCGGGCAUAUUGGAAAGUAAAUGGUACUGCUAUGUGUGCAACCCGGAGCCCCUCUUUGACCUAGUGGUAGCCUGUGACAACGUCCUGGAGAACAUGGAGAGUCUUUUGCAUCAGCAGCGCAAGAAGAGCCGAGUAGGCCAGGAAAAAUCUGGACUUUACGCCAUGUUGCCAGGCUUGUCCCGAAAGCUUCCUCUUGAUAAAUGGGAUCACACUGGUAUGGACGGAAAUGUUGUGUUUAAUUACAACACACUGCAGAUAUCGAAGGAGAUAACCAAAAAAGCCAAACAUUUAGUUGACUCAACAAACAUAUUAAACCGCAUAUUUGUCAAUUUUAUUAAUUCUGUUACAAAGAGCAAACAAACCCCAGGAGUUCGCAGUCUGUAUCUAAACUCUUUUUUGUCAGUUUAUAAAGGUUUGCGAAAAUCCCUCACAGCUCUCGAGGAAAGCCUUAAGGAGGAAUUCAGUGACUUGAAUCUUGUUAGCUGUUGGGAGAAGUUCCUCAGUGAGCAGUGCAAUAGCCAAGCUGUACCAGAAGCAGAGCUGGACAUCUCUGAUAAAAUAUGCUUGGGUGUCUUGCAGAAAUUGGCAGGUGAACAUUUAGAUGAUGAUGACUCUGACUCUAAGGGCUUCACAGAUGGACUAACCACCCAUAACUGUCCUGGGGAAGACUUGCGUGAAGCCAAACAGAGGCCACAAAAAAUUGGUGGGAAUACCUCUGAAAGUGGGGUCAACAUGACUAAAACACUUGUAGUGAAACUAACACCUGUACCUAUGGAGCAAGAGCAAUCCAAUGACAACCCAGAGAUGAACAAGGGCAGCUGCAUGACAGAUAAGAAGUCAGAGGAAAAGAAUGCCUCAGAGGAUGAAGAGACAGGUGUUGUAGGGGCUACAGCUGACAGCAAAGUUAGCAAUGACAACUCCAAUGCAUCUCCACACCAAGAGGAGGAACAAGGCAAUAGAAGAUCUCCUCGUGUGAAGACAACACCUUUGCGUAGACAAAGUGAUGUCAAGGUAAAACAGUCUCUUUCUGCUGCUGAUAGUGACAGUGACUCUGACCCUGAGCAAACCUCCAGCACAGUUCCAGCCAAAAACCCAGAAAAACAAAGUCUAAGCAGAGAAAGAGACGACUCGGACUCAGACGAAGUCCCUGCAGCCCUGCUUGAGCGAGCGGCCAUAUCACAGAGUUCUGAUGAUGCUCAGAGUGAUGAGGAUGGGAAAGCGUCAACUAAGGUGGCCAAGAAAUGUCUCUUUUGGCUCACUAAGAACACUCCGCUCUCACCUGAGAAAAUGCGCCGCAAACGCAAGAUGCUGGACCGGGGUUCCCCCGAGCCUGACUCACAUGACCGAAGAGUAAAAUCUCGAAGGGAAAGUGGGACUGAUUCCUCGAGUGAUGAUCAAGGCACACACAAGGAGGUAAAGCACUUGAAUACCCUGAGGCCAAUAGGGAAGCCUCACCUGGCCAAACGAGAGGACAAAGGGGUGGCUAGAAAGCAGAGCAGGUUACAGGCUUCAAAGUCAAAGUCUUCAACUCCUCAGGAAGCAAUGGAUUCGUCUUCCUCAUCCAGUGAAGAUGAUCAAGAUGACGACUCGGAGAGUGAUGGGAGCAAUCAGAAGAUGAAGCCCAUCACUGAGAAUGUGCCCUCAAUGGGAGCAGCAGCAUUCCAUCAGUCUUCAGGAGAUGAGGAGCAGUCUGAGCCCUCGUGGGCGGCAGAAGAUGAUGAUGACCCAGAAAAUAGAAUCGCUAAGAAAAUUCUGUUGGCCCAAAUCAAAGCCAACUACUCCUCGGCUGAUGAAAUAUCUACGGAGGAGGAAACACACGAUGAGGAAUCAGAUUCGGACAUCGACAAGGAGGUCAAAAAGGGGAGUGAAGAUGAAAGUGAUGCAAAUGGGGAAGACUCUUCAGCGCCAUCUGACACCCCGUCUGAUAAGCAGAGCAACAGGCACCAUCUCCUCCGUCACAAACUCAAUUUUGAUGGAGGGACAUCAGGUGACAAGGCGGUGGCAGAGACUGAAGAAGGAAAGCAGAACCAAAGAGACAAAAGCAUCGACCUGAGCUCCGAUAGUGAGACUGAUAUUGACGACGAGUUGGGGCCAGAAGAAGAUGGGAUGAGCGUGGAGCUGAGUCACUCCGAGGAUGAAGCAGGUGGAGACAAACUGAAAAGACAAUCCAGUAAAGAUAAGGAGGCAUCCAGCAGUCAAGACCAGUCGAUCAAAGUGCCCUACAUUUUGUUGUCAGACUCCAGCGAUGAAAAGAGUGAUAAAGAGGAUGCAGAUGAGGAUACGAGCGACGGUAAAGGAACCCCUAAAGGACGCAAAAAGAUUCGCAAAAUCAUCGAUGAUGAGAACCUGCGUGCAGAGACCCAGGAGGCUGUCAGGGAGGAGGAGGAGAGGUGCCAACGACUGGCAGACAGGGAGAAACAGCUGGAGGACAUGAGAACGAUAAUACCGGAGGAGCUGUCUCAAGUUGGGGGCCCCAUCACCACUAAACUGGUCCUGGAUCAGGACAAGAAGACCAAGGAGCCUCUUGUUCAGGUGCACAGGAACUUGGUGACGAGACUGAAGCCUCACCAGGUGGAUGGUGUUCAGUUCAUCUGGGACAGUUGCUGUGAGUCUGUGAAUAAGGCCAACUCUGCCCCUGGGUCAGGCUGUAUUCUGGCACACUGUAUGGGCCUGGGGAAAACUCUGCAGGUUGUGACCUUCCUGCACACAGUGCUGCUGUCAGAGAACCUCAAAUUCAGAACUGCUCUGGUCGUGUGUCCACUUAAUACCAUCCUCAACUGGGUGAACGAGUUCAAGAAAUGGCAGGACAACAUGGGGCAGGAUAGAGUCAAGGUAACAGAAUUGGCUACAAUAAAACCUCAAGAACGAAUCUGCGCUCUGCGGAGGUGGCAGAGGGACGGAGGAGUCAUGAUCAUGGGCUACCAGAUGUAUCGCAUGUUGUCAUUAGCUCAGAAGAUCAGCAACGAGAAUGUAAAGAAGGAGUUUAAAAGCAUACUGGUGGAUCCAGGUCCAGACUUUGUGGUUUGUGAUGAGGGCCACAUCCUGCGCAAUGAAGCUUCAGAUAUUUCCAAAGCUUUGAAUGCAAUCAAGACUCGACGAAGAGUGGUGCUAACUGGCACACCGCUACAGAACAACCUGAUUGAGUACCACUGCAUGGUGAAUUUCAUCAAGAAGAAUCUUCUGGGCUCUCUGGGAGAGUUCAGAAACCGAUUUAUCAACCCCAUACAGAACGGCCAGUGUGCUGACUCCACACCUAAAGACGUCCGAGUCAUGAAGAAACGUGCUCAUGUCCUUCAUGCUAUGUUGGACAGAUGUGUGCAGAGAAGAGAUUACUCAGAGUUGACGCAGUUUCUACCUCCUAAACACGAGUACGUGCUGGCAGUGAGGAUUUCCCCACUUCAGUAUCGACUGUACCGCUUCUACCUUGAUCACAUCUCUGGUGCUGUUCCAUUGACUAACGGAGCAAAGGUGAAGGCCGGAGCAAACCUGUUCAAGGACUUCCAUGUGUUCAGCAGGAUCUGGAAUCACCCGUGGUGCCUUGAGCUCAGCAACAUCAGCAAAGAAAACAAGAGUGUGUUGGGAAAGAAGAAUCAAGUUAAAGCUGCAGCUCAGAGUGGUGUGAACCAAAAUGGAGGGAGUGUGACCAACGGAGCUCCAACAGUGGAAGGAGAGAAAUCAAACAUCGGCUCGAUAUCUCAGAGUCUACCUGUGAGCUGGUUCAAAAGUCUGCUGUCAGAACAGGACUCCAAAAUCAAGGAGCACUCUGGGAAAAUGUUGCUCUUGUUUGAGAUCCUCAGAAUGGCUGAAGAUCUAGAGGACAAAGUGCUUGUGUUCAGUCAGUCCUUGACUUCACUGAGCCUGAUAGAGGAUUUCCUCGGGGCCUCUCACCGGGCAAGAUACCCUUCAUGUUCUAAAGGCAGUUGGAUCAAGAACAUUGAUUACUAUCGUCUUGAUGGUUCCACCUCUGCUACAUUAAGGAAGAAAUGGACGGAUCAGUUUAAUAAUACUGCCAAUGUCCGUGGCCGAUUGUUUCUGAUCUCAACAAAAGCAGGCUCACUUGGCAUCAACCUGGUGGCUGCUAACAGGGUCAUCAUAUUUGAUGCCUCAUGGAAUCCCUCCUAUGACAUACAGAGCAUAUACAGGGUGUACCGCUUUGGUCAGCUCAAACAAGUCUUCGUCUACCGCUUCCUGGCUCAGGGCACCAUGGAGGAGAAGAUCUAUGAUCGUCAGGUGACAAAGCAGUCUCUGUCCAAUCGAGUGUUGGAUCAUCAGCAGAAUGAGAGGCACUUCACCCUUUCUGAACUUACUGAACUUUACACAUUUGAGCCAGAUCUACUGGAUGACCCAAACUCUAAGAAAAACUCGAAAAGAACAAGCUCAGUGUCACCAAAGGAUAAAGUCCUGGAGCAGCUAUUACAAACAUGUAAGACCCAGAUAGUAACUUACCACGAGCACGAAUCUCUGCUGGACCAUAAACAAGAGGAAGAGCUCAGUGAAGCAGAACGCAAAGCUGCCUGGGCCGAGUAUGAGGCUGAGUCAAACACUGCCAACCUUCCUGUCACCUCAAGCAAGGAACACUUGGAAAUGAUGACCAAUGAACAGCUUGUGGAACUACUGAACAAGAGCAGAGCAAACGUGUCGAUGUCCUUCCUGUCACUGCAGAGGAUGACGUCUCAAACGAUUGACCACUACAUAUUACAAGUGCGGCAACAGAAUCCUCAGCUGCCUGAGGCCUUGAUCCAAAGCAAAGCUCAAACUUGGAAAGUGUGUGACGAGAAGGAGCAGCAACGCAGGCAAGCCUUUUAUCAAGAGGUCCUUUCACAGCAACAAACACUCACACUCAGCAUUCAGACCAUCCUGAACAGCCGAAGACAACAAGUGAUGCAGUCGACCGUGAACACAGAGAACCAGCAAUGACACACUCGAACAAGAAAAUCAUGAUUUAGCGGGAGAAGAGAGCCUAGAAUUGUGGCCUUACGUCAACACUUCUCCACCCGACGAAUGUAUGUAUGUAUGUAUGUCACGCUGUUACAAGCGUUACAUACAUACGUUAUUAAAUCAUGACAGCAGCAUACUAACAGAUGUUAUUGGACCAUAUUUCUAGUACUUCAUUAUAGCAAUGUUCACAUGCACUGAAAGUUUUGUUGUGAGACACUUUGAGCACUUUAACACACACAGGAUAUGUCUUAGCAUUUCACAAAUGUGCUUAGAAAGGGCUUUAGGAAGGGUUUGCAAAUACUCUUAGAAACAUGUUGUUCAGCUGCUUCAGGCUAAAAGCAGAACAUCAAAAUGAGGGUUCACACUGGACACCAUAUGCCUUACUAUUGACUGGAGUUCAAUUUCCUGUUUGUAAAUUAGAAUUUUUUUGGUUUUAUAUGUUUGUAAUAAAUGAAGACUCAGGCCAUGAUAAGGUGAAAGUUUCCCAUGUUUCAUUACUUACAGUUUAAAGAGUUAAAAGAGUUUAAAUCCAAAGUGUUUGAUAAAUGUGUUUUUGAUUAAAAGAGAAAAUAUAUUUGAACUUA